UCAAGCAUUCUCCGGUCGUGGAUUCGCGGAUGAACAUGAGUUUUAGCUACAGACUGUACCGGAACGAGAAUGAGAUUCUUCACAACGAUCGGCUUCACAUCGCGGCUAGGGGAAACUUCCUUCUGUGAUGAGCGGCCAGGCGGCCGAGCGGCGGAUACUUAGCGCGCUUCACGGACGGAAAAGCCGAACUCACCUCGCGGAGAUACUCGCGCAGUUCGUCCGCCAUGGCCUCGACCAGUCCAACCUCGUCAUCUCUCACUUCGCGGCAGUCUGCUCCUCUCUCUCCAGAAUGCGAUACGCCCGGCUCCUUUUCGACCGAAUGGAGAACCCCAACAUCUUGUUAUUCAAUUCCAUGAUCAGAGGGUAUUCGCAGUCGGGGCCCUUCGAAGAAUCAUUCCGUUUUUUUCGCAAUCUUCAAGCUCGAGAGAUAUCGCCCGAUGAUUUCACGUUCCCGCCUCUACUGCGUGCCUCUUGCGAAUUGGGCAGUCUUUGUUUCGGUCGGGGGAUACAUGGACAGAUAGAGAAGGUCGGAUUUAAUGCUGAAGGGGCAGUUCAGGUCGGACUUGUAGAAUUGUACGUGGGAUGCGAGCAUAUGGCCGAUGCACAAAAAGUGUUCGAUAGUAUGGUCCGAAGGAACGCGAUCGUAUGGAACGUUAUGAUAGGUGGCUACUUCAAAUCAGGCAAUGUUGGGAUUGCGCUGAAGAUGUUUGAUCAAAUGGUGGAGAGAACUGUUGUAUCAUGGAACGUGGUAAUUUCCGGGCUUGCUCAAAAGGGUCUGUCGGAUGAGGCUCUGGAGAUGUUCAGAAAAUUGUGUGAGCAGGGAACUAAGCCUGACGAUGCAACAAUAGUAGCCGUGUUGCCUGUUUGUGCUCAACUUGGUGCUUUAAAACUCGGCAGAUGGAUUCAUGAGAAAGUUGUAGAGAAUGGACACAAACAAAAUGUUUCGGUUAUGAAUGCACUUGUAGAUAUGUAUGCAAAAUGUGGAGAUUUGGAGACGGCCCGUAGUGUGUUCAAUGAAAUACCUCAGAAGAAUGUAAUCUCUUGGAAUUCGAUGAUUAUGGGCUUUUCUAUUAAUGGACAAGGAGAGCUUGCCAUUAAGAUGUUUGAGGAGAUGAAGAGGAGUGGAACAGAGCCGAACAGUGUGACAAUUAUUGGGGUUCUCACUGGCUGUACCCAUUCUGGAUUGGUGCAAACGGGCCGGGAGAUUUUCAAUUCAAUGGAAAGAUUGCACCGAAUCGAGCCAAGUCUUGAACAUUAUGGAUGUAUGGUGGAUCUUCUAGGCCGUUACGGGUUCCUAAAGGAAGCUCAUGCAUUGAUAAGAAGCAUGCCCAUGAAAUCGAACGCUGCAAUUUGGGGUGCACUACUUAGUGCUUGUAGACUUCAUGGAAAUGUAGAGCUAGCUGAAGGAGCAACUAACAAGCUCAUUGAGCUUGAACCUUCUAAUUCUGGGAAUUAUGUGUUGCUAUCAAAUAUAUAUGCUGAAGCAGGUCAAUGGGAUGAAGCUGAAAAAGUGAGAGCGAUGAUGAAGGAGAUGAGCAUACGAAAGGAACCUGGGAAUAGUGCAUUUUCAGAAAGUGUAAUGGUGCGCUAGAAGCAUGCUGCCUGCGCUAUUGCCUUCUGUUUGCAUUUAAGAUCCAUUAUCUUGUGGGGCUCAUUUAUGCGCCACUUGAAAUUUUCAUGGGUUGACUUGGAUGUGACCAGGAUGUCUUUCCCUUGAUAAUCUCCGGGGUGUGUGAACUAUAAACUGCAAAGACACUACUAUGAGGCAAAAAGCAUAACAAAUAAAAGACAAAGGAUUGCCAAAUGCCAAAUUAAGUUUCUAUACCAGAAUAAAAGUAUAAGUGUAAGGUACACAUAAAGAUCUUUUUUUCA